CUUGCGUGUACGCAUUUGUUCACGUGGCAGCUCGUUUCUCAAGUGAACAUCAUCAACAUGGCAUCUGAUGGAAUGAGGAUGGGACGUCCAGGCGGAGGCCAGGGCAGACCGCCGCAUGGAGGAAGGGGUGGUUACGGAGGCCGAGGACGUUCUCCUGGAGGUCGGGGUCCUCCUUCAGAUCGCAAACGGCCCUAUGGCGGCGGCGGUGGAGGUGGACGUUUUUCGUCCGCGCCAAAGCGCUCAUUUCGUGGCGAUGAAUUCCGCCCUCCACAGCCCGGGGAGAUUUAUUUGAGGUUCCUGGUGAGGAGCAAGGAUGGAGGUGGAAUCAUAGGAAAGGGAGGCCAGAACAUCAAACGACUUAGAGAAGAGCACAAAGCAUAUGUUAGCAUCCCUGACUCCCAUGGGGCUCCAGAGCGAGUGUUGACAGUUGCUCAUGCUGAGCUCUCCACUGUAAUGGCUGUGAUGCGUGAGAUUGUACCGAAGUUGGAAGGUGAUAGUCAAGAAGGAGGUAGGAGAGAGCAUCGUGGUGGAUCAGGUCGUCACGAGGUACAGAUGAUGGUUCCACAAGAUCAAGUGGGUAGCAUUAUUGGCAGAGCAGGGUUCAAGAUUAAAGAACUACGAGAGAGAUGUGGUGCUUUCAUCAAGGUAUUCUCUGAUCCGCUACCAGCAUCUUCAGAACGGUUGCUUGUGAUUCAAGGUAAUGUUGACCAAAUAGUGAAUGGAUUGGAGAGUGUUGUACAAAUCAUGAUGGAGUCGCCAUCACGAAUAGAUGUACGUUAUUAUCAUCCAUCUGUUCCCAUGGACUUGCCACCGUACCCUGAGUAUUAUGGUGGGUAUGAUGAUAUGGGUAUGGGUCCUCCACCACGUCCACCUCCACAUGGAGGAUAUGACAGAGGAUACAGGUAUGAUCCUCCUCCUCCUGCUCCACGUUUUAGAGGUGGUCCUCCUCCAGUUGAGCAUCAAGGGAGGGGAUUAGGGAGACGAGGUCCUCCCAUGGAACCAGGACAACCACGAAUGCAAGAACAAAGAGCUCCUAGCAUGAGCGCUCCUCGUCAAUCAGUUGGACAGUCACAGCCACCUGUCGCUGGGUAUGGACCAGGUGAGAGAUCCUACGAUUUUGUUCCAUCUGGACCUGACAUCAUCUCCCAGCAAGUAACCAUCCCCAAUGAUUUGGCUGGUGCUAUUAUUGGCAGGGGUGGAGAAAAAAUAAGACAUACCAGGUUGCAAUCAGGAUGUGGUAUCAAGAUGGAGGCAUCUACAGAUGAUCCUAAUGAUCGCAUCAUUACUAUUACUGGCACAGCUGCUAACAUUCAGUAUGCACAAAGUCUGCUGCAGCAGAGUGUUCGCCAAGAUCGUGGUCCUAAUUCUCACUUUUGACUUUCUCUCAUGCUAUGUGGUUGUUGAACUCAUUUAGAGUUGCCAUUCUGUGUUUUGACUUGCUGAUAUCAUGUACGCUCUAUUGCAGCUGUUGUAUUGUAAUAACUGUAUGGGAAACUGAGAAUUAUCUGUAGUGAAA